CCUUCCAUGCUGCUCUGAUGAUGAUGAUCCUCAUCAUCGUUCCUUUUCCUUCUCCGAUUCCCACCUUUUUUGGGUCUCUGCUGGUUUUGUAGCGUUCCCAAGAGCCCAGAGGCGCAGUCCAGAAAGAGACGGCUGGUGCUGUUCUGUGUGUGAGAUUUAUUAUUAUUAUUAUUAUUAUGGGAAGCAGCUGCAGGAUCUAGCCAGAGAGACUGCUUCUGGAGCCAAGCUUUUGCUCUUGGGAACGCGCUUUUUUUUUGGCAAGCGCUCAUCGCCGGGGCCCCUCUCUCCCUCUCUCCGCCUCUUAAGAUCCGUCUGCUUCUGGGUCGAAGCGGGCUACCAAGGCAACCGCAACCACGUUAACUUCCCAGAGGUCCGGGGUCUCCUGCGGAGCCAGGAACCGAACCAGCCGGAUCAUGGAAUUGUUGUCCACCCCGCACAGCAUAGAGAUCAACAACAUUACAUGCGACUCAUUCCGGAUCUCCUGGGCCAUGGAUGUUGGAGACCUGGACAGAGUUACCCAUUACUUCAUCGACCUGAACAAGAAGGAGAAUAAGAACUCCAACAAAUUCAAGCAUCGGGAUGUCCCUACCAAGCUGGUGGCCAAGGCGGUUGCUCUGCCCAUGACUGUGAGGGGUCACUGGUUUCUAAGUCCCAGGACAGAAUACAGCGUGGCAGUGCAGACGGCAGUGAAACAGAGUGAUGGGGAGUACCUCGUGUCUGGAUGGAGUGAGACCAUCGAAUUCUGCACAGGGGACUAUGCUAAGGAGCACUUGGCCCAGCUGCAGGAGAAAGCCGAACUCAUUGCGGGGAGGAUGCUCAGGUUCUCAGUCUUCUAUCGGAACCACACCAAGGAAUAUUUCCAGCACGUCAGAAUGCACUGCGGGAAUGUCAUGACGCCAUAUCUGAAGGACAACAGUGGCAGCCACGGCUCGCCCACCAGCGGCAUGCUGCACGGCAUCUUCUUCAGUUGCAACACGGAGUUCAACACAGGCCAGCCCCCACAGGACUCCCCUUAUGGCCGCUACCGCUUCCAGAUCCCUGCCCAGCGCCUCUUUGGCCCCAACACCAACCUCUACUUUGCGGACUUCUACUGCAUGUACACAGCCUACCACUACGUCAUCCUGGUGCUGGCACCCAAGGGCUCCCCCGGAGACCACUUCUGCCAGGAGCGUCUGCCCCAGUUGGACAUUACCUGCAACAAGUUCCUGACCUGCUGUGUGGAGGACGGGGAGCUCAUCUACUGCCAUGCCCAGGAUGUCAUCCUGGAGAUCAUCUACACUGAGCCAGUUGACCUCAGCCUAGGGGUGUUGGGGGAGAUCAGCGGCCAUCAGCUCAUGAGCCUUUCCACCGCCGACGCCAAGAAAGAUCCCAGCUGCAAGACGUGCAACAUCAGCGUGGGGCGCUAGAGACUGAAG